AAACGAACACACAGUUAAAUGGAAAGAGGAUCAAUAUGAUACUUCCACGAAAAGUAUGACUCACCACCACCGUAUUCACAUCAUAUUUCGACUUCCAUUUUGCUUUCUUCCAUCUCCCCUAAAACACACACACACUAUGUGUAUUUCAUUAUUCAAAGUUUAAAUAGAAUAUAUUAUAUAUAUAUAUUCAUUUGUUGAUUCUUAUAUAUACACACACAUAACGAUGGUGACGAAGAAGAAAAAAAGCGUACCUGAUUGGCUCAACAGCCCUAUAUUGUCUUCUUCCACAACAAUCAAAUCACCGCCGCGGCUUAAUACGACGUCGUCUUAUGAGGAUCCCAUCGCCGGUGAAUAUUCUUUGAAAUCAUCGCCUGCAUCAUCCGUAACCUCUUCGGAUUCUUGUUUUAAUGAAUCAAUUUCCAAGAAGGAAGAAGUUAGGGUUUCAUCAUCUAUUCGUAGUGGAAGUAGUGACAAUGAUGCUGUCACAUCUUCUUCUGCUAACUUUAAUUCUGUUACCAUUGAAGAUAUUUCGCGUCAUUCACAUUUGUUACAAGAGCUAUCGAGGAAGAUUAUAAACAUAGGGGAACUUAGACAACUUGCUUCUUUGGGUAUACCAGAUGCUGCUGGAAUCCGUUCAACUGUUUGGAAGCUAUUAUUGGGGUAUCUUCCGGUUGAUAAGGGACUUUGGUCGUCAGAAUUGGCUAAGAAGAGGUCUCGCUAUAAACAUUUCAAGGAAGAGCUUUUGAUAAAUCCAUCGGAUAUCACAAGGAAGUUGGAAGAUUCUGCAUAUUCUAAAAACUGUGAUCACAUAAGUGAGGCCAGAUGUUUACUAGCAAGGUCAAAGAUACCUCAUGGGGAACAUCCUUUGAGCCUAGGGAAGACCAGCAUCUGGAACCAAUUCUUUCAGGACUCUGAGAUCACCAAACAGAUAGACCGUGAUGUGAAACGCACCCACCCAGACAUACAAUUUUUCUCUGGCGACUCUGCUUUUGCAAAAGCCAAUCAGGACUCAUUGAAGAAUAUACUGAUCAUAUUUGCAAAGCUGAACCCAGGGAUAAAAUAUGUGCAAGGGAUGAAUGAAAUAUUGGCCCCUUUGUUCUAUGUGUUCAAAAAUGACCCCAACGAGGACUAUGUGGUUAACGCAGAGGCAGACACUUUCUUCUGCUUUGUGGAAUUGAUAAGUGACUUUCGAGAAAACUUCUGUCAACAACUUGAUAAUAGUAUAGUAGGUAUUCGUUCAACAAUUACAAGUCUGUCACAACUCUUAAAGCAGCAUGAUGAAGAGCUAUGGCGACAUCUUGAGGUCACAACAAAAGUCAACCCUCAAUUCUAUGCAUUUAGAUGGAUUACACUCCUAUUGACUCAGGAGUUCAACUUUGCCGACAGUCUUCACGUUUGGGAUUCACUGUUAAGCAACCCUGAGGGUCCUCAAGAGGCAUUGCUUCGGGUUUGUUGUGCAAUGUUGAUUCUUGUGAGAAGGCGUUUGCUGGCUGGUGAUUUCACAGCCAAUCUCAAAUUACUCCAGAGUUACCCCCCCACAAAUGUUAGUCAUUUGCUCUAUGUUGCCCACAAGCUGCAUUCCCAUUCAACCCAACUAUCAGUGUAGUGCUUUCUUUCUUUUUCUUUUUUUUUUUGGCAUUUUUAGGUGUUAUAUCGAUCUCUAGAGCUUUCCUAACUCUCGUUAUUUUUAUUUUUUAUUUUUGUAAUUCACUGUGUAAAAUAUUAGGUUAAAGUGUGUGGUGUAGGGAUAGUUUCGUUCGCUUAUGAAUCUAUAUGCAGCUUCAGCAAACAUGUAAACUGUAAUACAACUUAAAAGUGUUUUGCCAUUA